UACUCUCUUCUAACAGCCAUCAUACUUGCUUUAAAAUGAAGAUAUUUAAAUGGACUUUGGGUGUACUAUUGUUCCUGCUGUUGUCUAUUGGGCGCUGUACAGAACAAUCUACGCCUAAUAAAACAUCCCAACGGAGGCACCCUCGUUCAGCGGACAAUGGAGAGGAAGGCAAGAAAUGUGGUUACACAUUCUUGGUCCCAGAACAAAAAAUCACAGGGCCAAUUUGUGUGAAUACUAAUGGACCAAGUACUGGUAACAGAAAAGAUGAAGUCACAAGAAUGGACAUAGAGAACUUGAAGGAUGUGCUUUCCAAGCAAAAGCGGGAGAUUGACAUUUUGCAAUUGGUAGUGGAUGUGGAUGGAAACAUUGUCAAUGAAGUAAAAUUACUGAGGAAAGAAAGUCGUAACAUGAACUCUCGGGUCACCCAACUCUAUAUGCAACUCUUGCAUGAGAUAAUUCGAAAGCGUGAUAACUCACUUGAGCUUUCCCAACUGGAAAACAAAGUCCUUAAUGUUACAACAGAAAUGUUGAAGAUGGCAACAAAAUACAAGGAGCUUGAAGUAAAAUAUGCAGCACUAACUGAUCUUGUAAAUAAUCAGUCUGUGACUAUCUCACUGCUGGAAGAGCAGUGCUUGAGAAUCUUCUCGCGACAGGACACCCAUGGGUCUCCGCCUCUUGUUCAAGUUGUGCCACAGCACAUUCCUAACAGCCAGCCAUACACUCCCAUUCUUCUGGGCGGUAACGAGAUACAGCGAGACCCGGGUUAUCCUAGAGACAGAGAUGUAAGGCCACCACCUGAUCCAGCUACUUCUCCUACAAAGAGUCCUUUCAGAGUACCGCCACUGGCUUUAAUUAAUGAAGGUCCAUUCAAAGACUGCCAACAAGCCAAGGAAGCUGGGCAUUCCAACAGCGGGAUUUAUAUGAUCAAACCUGAAAAUAGUAAUGAGCCAAUGCAACUGUGGUGUGAGAAUAGCCUGGACCCUGGAGGAUGGGCAGUUAUUCAGAAGAGGACAGAUGGAUCUGUCAACUUUUUCAGGAACUGGGACAGUUACAAGAAAGGUUUUGGAAACAUUGAUGGAGAGUACUGGCUGGGACUAGAAAAUAUUUACAUGCUUACCAAUCAGGAUAAUUACAGACUGUUGAUUGAGUUAGAGGACUGGAGCAAUAAGAAAGUCUACGCAGAAUACAGCAGUUUCCGCCUGGAGCCCGAAAACGAAUUCUACAGGCUACGCUUAGGAACAUACCAAGGAAACGCAGGCGAUUCCAUGAUAUGGCAUAAUGGAAAGCAAUUUACAACACUGGACAGAGACAGGGAUAUGUAUUCAGGAAACUGUGCUCAUUUUCACAAAGGUGGCUGGUGGUACAAUGCGUGUGCCCACUCUAACCUUAACGGGGUGUGGUACAGAGGAGGCCACUACAGAAGCAAGUAUCAGGAUGGAAUAUUUUGGGCUGAGUACCGCGGAGGUUCCUACUCCUUGAAAGCAGUUCAAAUGAUGAUCAGACCUAUAGACUGAGGAGGAAAAUCCCACAGCGCCCAAGUGAUCACAUAUAAACUUCUCAGCGCUUGAGUUCCAGAAAAAUAAAAUAUUACUUUUUAAUCAUUAUUUUGCACAAUCUGCCCCUGCAAAAAGCAGGUCUACAGUUUUCCUGUCUUUUUUUCUCCCGUUGUGUUCCCCUCAUUUUUUUUUUUUAGAAAACUUUUCUACUGUGACAGACGGUGUUUUUUAAACACACAUUCACAAAAGCAGAUGUUUGUGCUUGCAAAGCAUAUUUAUCUUUGUUCAAGCCCAACAUACUUUAUGUAAACGGUCAUUAAAGCUUGUAAAAAAAUCCAGAUAUAUGACGAGAUAUAAGCUUUUUCACUUAAAAAGCUUAUGCUUUUUCAGGUUAGCUCAAUCCUUAAAUGUAAAUAUGUGAAAUGACAUUGUCUUGCUUUAAUGUGAAAUUGAUUAGUUAUUUAACAAUUUAUUUAAAAAUGUUGGUAUUACUUUCAAUGAAAAUCUGACUUCACAUUACUGUUUAAGAUUUACUCCAAGAAGCUACACAAAAAAAUUGAAGCCUUUCUAGCUUUGCCAGCAGAGAGAGAUUUUUGCAACAAAUAAUUAUUUCAAAAUGAAGUGUUGAAUUAAACGUAAAAUAUAAAAUUUCUUAGUGGUGUAGAGAAUUCCUUAAGGUCUGCAUAUCCUACCUUUUGUAAAACACUUAGGCAAAAUGUUCCUAACAUGAGAAAAAUAAUUGUAUGAAAUUCUUGAUACACUUAGGACAACCAAAUUGCUUGGUACUUUUUUUACUUUCAACCUCCGCAUUCAAACAUCCUAAUUAAACAAAAAUAUUUCUUGAUACUUUGAACUUCAACAGCAAAAUGAGAAGUCCUGAUAUUAAAAUCAUGACUUGACACUUGGAGUCCCCUCCUCUGCUCCAAUUAGGAGUGAUGAGGUCUGAACAAGUGUUCACAUAUACUAAUUUAGAGAAGAACCAACUCUGAAUAUUAGAAGUUUUCCUCCAACACAGCUUUCUCCUGACAUAGUAAAACAAAGAUUAGAAAUCAGCUCCGAGUGUAUUCUCCCCGCCACCCCAAACUCGGACUACUCUUAUGACAGACACAUUUCCUUUCCCCUACACGUAUACAACUUUUGAUACUGUCUAUAUUAAGUUUUCUACCUUCUAUAUAACAGACUUCCACUGGAAUUAGUAUGUCAUUUAAGAAAUUAAUUAGGAAAUACUUUUCCAACCCUUAACAAAAGCCAUAUAACAUACUGCAUCAAAACAAGAUACUUCCAAAAUUGGAAACAAAAAAAUGUUCACUUUAGGUACCAGUCUUCGAAACUAAAGCUCUCCUCCUAGUAUAUACAAUUAUUUCAUAAUUAUACGUGGCCAUACAGCUUACCUAAUUUAAUUUGAUAUUACACAAACAAAAUAUGCUGUUCAGAACUGUGACUGAUGUAUUUGUUUGGCACCUUGUAUAUGCCUUCAGGAUUUUAAGGAACUUUGCCCCUAUUUAACAUAAGAAACCCCAAUAGCUAAAAGAAUAAUAUUAUUAUGUUAAAUCAGUCUGUAUCAGUUGCUAUGCAAAACCUCAUUUGUAAUUCAGAGGAUAGAAAAUAGCAUUCUGCUUUCAAAACAUGUUCUCUGGAGUAGAUAAAGCUCCACUGAUAAUAUAUGGCUGCAAGGGUUGUAGUUAAAUCUUUGGUCAGAGAUCAAAGCCAACAAGUUUCAACCAUAUUUAAUUGGGGUUGGCGGGGUUGGGUGGGUAGAUGGGGAAUCAGUCCCAGCGUAUUCCAUUCCCAAAUUCCAAGAAUUUUAACUGACAAAUGUUUAAGAUUACAGUUCUGACAUUGUUCUUCAUAUAAGGAAUAUUUGUUUGUACAAAUAUUGUACAGACCUCAUUGAUUGAGUGUCCUAUAAAAUGCUUUUUAAUUGCAAAUGCUUACAAUUCAGACUAUCUAUAGUCUAUUCUUUUUUUUUUUUCUAUUGUAGCUAGAUAGAAUAGCAGUUGAGGUAAAUUUAAAAGCUGAAAAUGCACCCUCAAAACGUUCCUUUAAUGAACACUUCUGAUGACUUUAGGUCAUUCAACUGACAGAUUUCCUCUCCUUGGAAGAGAUCUUAUUUUAUGACAAGAAUCUCUUGCCUGCUACGAAAACAGUGUUUGUUUAUUCAGUGCAGUCAGUGAAAGGUGUACUUUGCAGAAACCCCUAAGUAAAAUUAGCUUGCACUCAGCCUUUAAAUUAAAUCUUAUAUAUUAGACAUCUAAAAAGUGAUUCUUCCCCAGUUUAAAGCUGCAGGAUGACAUUAACUAAACAUUAUUACAAAAUAUACCCAGAAAGCUCAGACUGUACAAAUGCUGUUCUCUGAAAGGAAAGACUUAAUUUUAAGAUGCCAAUUUAAGAUUAUGAGGAGAGAAAGUAUAGUGUCUCUUUUUCAGGUUGGUUCAUACUCUGUACAAUAAUUUACUACUUUCAAAUGCUUGUAACUCUAUCAGUUCUUAGCUUUUAGGGUUGAAUUUUCUAAGCAGGGUAAAUGAAUUAAUAAGUUCAAUGUUUUCUCUCACACUCAUUUUAGAAAAUUUUUUCAAAAGAGGCUGUAGCAUCCCUCAAGCUUAUUGCACUGGACAUUCAGAAGUAGUCUGUCUAUGAAGGCUAUAGCUUUCACCAUUCCUGUACUACCAGUCCAAAUUUAACCAAGCAGACCUUGAAAAAGUUUAACCUGUACUAAACCUGAAACACAGUUUUCACAUAUAUUUCCAAAGUCUAUUGCAAGCAUUAUCACUGAAGUAGCUGAAUAUUCAUCAGAUGAAUACUUCAAUAACCUGUUUUCAGCUUUUCUGUUUCUGGAUAUAAUUCCUGAAAGACAGCUAUAAGAAAAUAUUUCACAAGGUAGUACUGCUUAGUUAAAUAAAAAUCUUACUUCUCAA